AUGCAAGAAAAAUGUCGUUUAAUUGGAUUUUCAAUCGGAAUCCAUCUUCUGAUCACACUAAUUUUAUGUUCAGAUGCCACUGCAGACGAUCGAUUUCAUAUAGGUACAAUUGCAAAUCGAGGAUCAUUUGCUUACGAACAUUUAAGAUAUGCAAUCGAUCGAUGGAAUACAGAGCAUGGUGCACAUACACAGAUCAAAUUUUCGAUUGUUUCUCCAAUUCGAUAUGAUAACAAUUAUGAAGAAAGAAUGUGUGAAAUCAUGCAGCAAGGUAUCGUUGCGGUUGUUUUAUCAAAUGAAGAAAGUGAACAAGACUCUCAACUCAUCAAAUCUAUGUGCCAUUAUUUCAAUAUCCCGUGUCUUUCUCUCCAAUCAACAUCUCUUCGUGAUUCCAUUUCUGAUUUUGUCACUCUCCUUGGUCCAUCUCGUGGAGCAGGAGCAAGGGCAACCAGUGAAUUUCUCGAUUCGAUGAGAUGGACUGGGUUCUUGUUAGCUUAUCAGCAUGGAUCAGAUCUGGAAGAUCUCUCACCUUUGAUGCAAUACAAACAGAUUGCUGAUACUGGUGGACGAAGAAUUCAUAUAAAAGUUAGGAGGCUUCCAAACAAUACAGAUGAUUAUGAACCAUUUUUAAAAUAUGUGAAGACUAGACUGAAACAAACUAAUAUUAUAAUUCACUCGAAUAAUAUAACAGUCCUAUACAAUCUCCUUCAACAAGCCCGUGGUCUGAAUAUGGCAGAACCUCCAUUCUCUUAUGUUUUCACUAAUACAGACUUGUCACUUCUGGAAGACUUUCUGAACAAUAUGUACGGUGCAUCGUUUCACUGUAAUAUAACUGGAUUGCAGUUGGUAAAGAAUGAUCCAAUGAUGAAAACCCAACUGGCACUGACUUCAGAAGCAGUUUAUGUAGUAGGAAUGGCAAUCUAUCGAAUGAGAGAACUUGGCCAUGCUCCCCGUCAAUCGGCAGUGAUGUGUGAUUCGCAUGACAUUUGGUCGGAUGGUCGAAUAAUGAAUGAGGGAAUUCGAAAGUUGAAACUACGUAACCAAUUAACCGGAGACGUGCAAUUCAAAUCAAAUGGAGAACGAGACGACAUCAUGUACCACGGCGUUGGACGCAUCAACUCACAGUUUGUAAAGGUAAGUUGA